AUGUCUUUUUCUACUGUCAAUACAAUCAAGGCAAACCUUCGUUCAGCGUCUGCCUUUAGGUUAUUAUCAUCAUCAACAGUCGGAGCCGGCACCCCAGCCGUAACAGCCGUGGUAGCAGCAAAGGCAGCAACCGCAGCCGCAGUCGCAGUUGGUGCAGGUGCAUCAAAUACAGUUCAGUACAGAUCGUUCUAUAGGACAAUCCUAGAGCCAAAGGAUGACAUCCAGGACAUGCUCAACGUCAUCGAGAGUCUCAAGGCCGAUAUUGCCUCUCUUGAAAACACCUAUCACCUCAAGCAGAAUGCACCACCUCCCACACUAAAGACCAGCCAAAGAGAGCCAGAAGAACUGCAAUCCGACGUGUUGGAGAAUGUGAUCACAGAGGCGUCCUUUUAUCGUACUACAGAGGAUGAUGGUCAAACCAGAACACACAGCUUUGAAGCCGUUCACAUCAGUACUCCAACCAAUUCACCUCGUGUUGGAUUUGAAGACGCUAUAGUUAGUGACUAUUUUGAAAAAUAA